ACCAUACAACGCGCGGGUUUGCACGCGCGAAGUGCUGUGUUGUGUAUUAUGUUCUAAACUGUUUGGAGUCAUGUCGAAACUUAAGACGAUGUUGAAAAUCGGCGGCGGAGCUGUGCUCAUCGCAGCAAUAGUGGCUGUGUUCGUGGUAGCCACACAAGGUCGGGACCCGGACCUUGAAGCGUCAGAACAUGAGGGAAGGGAAUAUAUCAUGCAGCUAGAUAAAGCUGCUGGAGAGAGGAGAAACAGAGCUACAAUAGCUGAAUGGGCGUAUACUUCUAAUAUUACUAAGGAGAAUGAAGAACAGAAGAUACAAACCCAACUAGAGAUCUCAAAACUAGAGAAGUUAGCAUGGGAGGAAACGAAGAUGUACAAAUGGCAGGACUUCCAAGACGUGUCAUUACGGAGGAUGUUCAAGAAGUAUAGUCAGUUGGGAGUAGCAGCGUUGCCGGAUGACAAGUACAAGAUGCUGAUGAAGUCUGUCUCGGACAUGGAGUCGAAUUACGCGACGUCGACGAUCUGCUCGUAUAAGAAUACGACGAAGUGUGAUUUGUCGUUGGAACCUGACAUAACUGAGAUCUUCGCAAAAAGCCAGAAUGUGUCAGAGCUGGAACACACCUGGGUGGAGUGGCAUAAGGCCGCCGGCGCUCGCGCUAAGGAUAACUUCACACAGUAUGUCAGGCUGAGCAACGAAGCUGCUAAACUCAAUGGUUACAAAGACGUAGCCGAAUGGUGGCAGUCUGACUACGAAGUGAACGACUUCGAAGACCAACUCGAGAAGCUGUGGAACGAUGUGAAGCCUCUAUACCAGCAGCUGCAUGCGUACGUCAGGAAACAGUUGAGGGACAAGUACGGGCCUGAGGUGGUGUCGGCUAAGGGACCUAUUCCUGCGCAUUUGUUGGGUAAUAUGUGGGCUCAAACCUGGAACAACAUAGAAUCAUUCACACGCCCGUACCCAGACAAGAAGGAAAUAGACAUCACCCAAGCAAUGAAGGACCAGAACUACACCGCACUCAAAAUGUUCCAAAUGUCAGACAGUUUCUUCCGAUCUUUGAAACUGACUCCGAUGCCUGAGAAAUUCUGGAAGAAUUCUAUAAUAGAGAAGCCUACUGAUAGGGAUAUAGUUUGCCAUGCUUCUGCUUGGGACUUUUAUGAUGGUGAAGAUUUCAGGAUCAAAAUGUGCACGACAGUCGAUUCCGGGAUGUUCAGAACGGUCCACCAUGAGAUGGGACAUGUGCAGUAUUACCUGCAGUAUGUGCAUCAGCCGGCUGUGUUCAGAGCUGGCGCGAAUCCAGGUUUCCACGAAGCCGUGGGUGACACGAUAGCCCUGUCGGUAUCUUCACCGAAACAUUUGAGAAGCGUCGGACUUAUCAACAAGAACGACACAGAAGAUGAACAGACUGAGAUCAAUCAGCUUUACAAAAUGAGUAUAGACAAAGUGGUCUUCCUACCCUUCGCGUACAUUCUCGACCUGUUCCGCUACGGUGUCUUCCGAGGAACGACCACCCCUGAGAACUAUAACUGCCACUACUGGAGGCUGAGGGAAAGCCUGCAAGGUGUGGAGCCCCCGGUUACGAGGACUGAGGAGGAUUUCGAUGCUGCUGCUAAGUAUCAUGUCUCUGCUGAUGUGGAGUAUGCUAGAUAUUUCGUGUCUUUCAUCAUCCAGUUCCAAUUCCACCGAGCGCUGUGCGAGCUGGCGGGGGAAUACUCGGCCACGAAGAAGCUAGUCGAUUGCGAUAUCGUGGACAGCGUCGCUGCUGGAAACGCACUAUCAAACAUGCUCAAAAUGGGCUCAUCCCACCCGUGGCCCGACGCGAUGGAAGCGCUCACGGGCCAGCGAGAGAUGAAGGCAGACGGUCUACUCGAGUACUUCAGACCGCUCCACGACUGGCUCCAGAAGGAGAACGAGCGGACCGGCGAGUUCAUCGGCUGGGAGGCUAGCAAGAUCCAAUACUGCACUGCUGAGCAACAGGCAGCGCUACAGUCAGAACAGAAGGAGGAACACAGCACGUGACGCGGCCAGUACUUACGUUAGGCACGGCUGGGCAACGUUACAAAAUAACGUUAACCGUUAAUACCGUUAUUUUUAAAAGUUGGCAAGGUCUGUAACUCAAUGUGUAAGGCCUGAGUGCAGCGGAGGAGGCGUGCAGCGUGCAUGUCAAACAAUUGAAGCUCAUGCAAGUGUCCUGAGCCGACGCUGCUUACGGCUCAGCCACGACAUUGGUCUAAGCGCGGCAGCGGUGAGCGUCGGCCAUACAUUGGAGUGAGACGCAGCGAUGGGACUUUUCAUUCGCACAUAUGGCGCCCGCUCACCGCUGUCGCACUUAGACCAAUGUCGUGGCUGGGCCGUUAGGGUGGACGCACGCUCGCCCGCCCCGCCGAACUCUCCGCUCCGAGAGUCCACUCAGGCCGCACAUUAACUGUAUAACUUAUUUUGUUAUAACGAGGUACAUAUAUCAUGUCAUUAGACUCGUAUCAGUUAUUGAGAGAAUAGUAUCAGAAAAGAGAUUAGAUUUCAACAUGGAGUAUUGACGCGUCAAUUGUGUUGAUCGUGGCAUUCACCAUGGCGCGUGCCUUAGUCCGUAUAAUAUUAUUGUCAUGCUAAUAUCUUCAUAUUAUUUCAAAAUAUAAGUUUGACUAAUUCGCUCGACAUUGUGAAUAGCAUGAUCUAUAACAGGGAUUUUAUAUGUUAGCGUCUAAGCACCAAGCACCAGUAUCUAAAUAAUUUUUUUCAUUUGGAAACGAUCAAUGGGCCAAUUCUAACGAGUUUUUGUUAUUUGGCUAUUGGCACGAAAGAUUCACAGGUUUAUAAAUAAU